CACUCCCAACUCCCAACUCCCAACAGCCAAGUCGCUACCAAGUCGCGAUAACCAACCCAUAUAUCUCCUUCAUUCAACCCGCCCCGCCGUUACCCCUCCCCCUGAAAACCCUUCAACGGCGACGUAUCAGCUCCCUCAAGAAACCCUAACCCUAACUCUGCGCGCAACUCCAGAAAUCACAGAGAGAGAGAGAGAGAGAAUGGUGGGUCCGACGCUGGUGGGUCUGCAAGACCACCUGAAGCUGGCGAGAGAGUACGCGAUGGAAGGGCUCUACGACACCUCCAUGAUCUUCUUCGACGGCGGCAUUGCUCAGAUCAACAAGCACUUAAACACGCUUGAUGACCCGUUGAUCCGCUCAAAAUGGAUGAAUGUAAAGAAGGCACUUUCCGAGGAAGCAGAGGUUGUGAAACAACUAGAUGCCGAGAGAAGGGCAUUUAAGGAAAGCCCCAUGGGCCGGCGCCCUUCCUCGCCUCCAAUUCAUGCUAAGUCGUCCUUCGUUUUUCAACCCUUAGAUGAAUACCCAACUUCUUCAGGAUAUCCAACUUCUUCAGGUUCACCUAUGGAUGAUCCUGAUGUGUGGAGGCCACCAAGUAGGGACACUUCAAAUAGAAGAAAUGCAAAGGCUGGUCAGGUUGGUAUGAGGAAGUCGCCACAAGAUGGAAAUUGGGCUCGGAGUUCUGCAACAAAAGCAGGCACACCUGGCCGUGGUGCAAAGGCUGGUGGAUCAAGUAGGGCUAACUCAGCGGUCCGGUCUUCUACUCCCGGCAAGAAAGACACCCGAUCUGGAAAAUCUAGCAAGGCAGAUUCAGCGAAUGGUGAUGCUGAGGAUGGAAAGCCAAAGAGGCAGUAUGAGGGACCUGAUCCUGAUUUGGCUGAAAUGCUUGAAAGGGAUGUACUGGAAACCAGUCCUGGAGUGAGAUGGGAUGAUGUUGCUGGCCUGACUGAAGCAAAAAGACUUCUGGAGGAAGCCGUUGUUCUUCCUUUGUGGAUGCCAGAAUAUUUUCAGGGGAUCAGGAGACCAUGGAAGGGUGUUCUUAUGUUUGGUCCUCCUGGAACUGGAAAGACAUUACUUGCUAAAGCUGUUGCUACUGAGUGUGGCACAACUUUUUUCAAUGUCUCCUCUGCUACAUUAGCUUCAAAGUGGCGUGGAGAAAGUGAACGAAUGGUUCGGUGCUUAUUUGAUCUUGCAAGAGCUUAUGCGCCGAGUACAAUCUUCAUAGAUGAAAUUGAUUCUCUCUGCAAUUCCCGGGGGGCAUCAGGAGAGCAUGAGUCCUCCAGAAGGGUGAAAUCUGAACUUCUGGUCCAGGUUGAUGGUGUAAAUGCCACUUCCACAAAUGAAGAUGGUACUCGUAAAAUAGUGAUGGUUCUGGCAGCUACUAACUUUCCAUGGGACAUUGAUGAGGCACUCAGGAGGAGACUGGAGAAGCGUAUUUAUAUCCCUCUUCCAAAUUUUGAGAGCCGUAAAGAGCUUAUUCGGAUAAAUUUGAAAACAGUUGAGGUUGCUCAAGAUGUAAACAUUGAUGAUGUGGCUCGCCGAACAGAUGGAUAUAGUGGUGACGAUCUCACAAAUGUUUGCCGUGAUGCCUCGUUGAAUGGGAUGAGGAGGAAAAUAGCUGGAAAGACACGUGAUGAGAUCAAGAGCAUGUCGAAGGAUGAGAUUUCAAAGGAUCCUGUUGCCAUGUGUGAUUUUGAAGAAGCCUUGGUGAAGGUCCAACGGAGUGUUUCUCAAUCUGAUAUUGAACGGCAUGAAAAAUGGUUUUCAGAGUUUGGGUCAGCAUAGAGACCUCAAGUGUCAGAGUCGUAUCUUAACUGAGAAAGUGUUGCUCUGGGUGUUACCAGUUUUGAGUGAUUGUGUCUGUUGUUACCCUUGAUCGAUUUAUUUGUGUUGUUUGGAGAGAAGGUAGUUGUAGUAUUCCAAGGGUUGGAAAGGGAAUUGUGUCAUAGUGCUGUGCUAUUUUGUAUCUGUAACUGUAAUGUAUAGAAUCUGCUAUUUGCAGAUCUUAUUUUAUCCAGACAACUGAGGUACUUCGAUUUUAUUCAAUUGAUUCAGAAUUAGACAUUUGAGUGAAAAAAAA